UGUGUGUUGCUUCACAUGCUUCCAAAUUGUUUUCCAAAAAGCUGCCUCAAGGUGACUUCCCUCCACCAGAGCAAAUGCUUGUCAAUCAUCUCCAACUUGCGGUCUAGCAAAAGGGCUGUGCAGGUCUUUCCUUACUGUGUUCUGGAAAGUACCUGGAGUCCUGCCACCUGUGCAGGGCUGAGGUCUGCAGCAGGCUGCUGUUCCAGCUGCCUUGGGCAGAAGAAGCUGUGGCUUGGGCCUCCUUUGGUGGCAGUGCCAGACCAGCAGGUUGGAUUCCAGAAGGUGCUUGGGCAGUGGGAGGGCCUGCCCGAGGACCUCCAGCCCCAGACAACACUGCGGCCCACCAUGAGUCUUGACAUCCACUGUGAGCAGCUGAGUGACGCCAGGUGGACGGAGCUCCUCCCCCUGAUCCAGCAGUACCAAGUGGUCAGGUUGGAUGACUGCGGCCUCACUGAGGUGCGGUGCCAGGACAUCAGCUCUGCGCUCCAGGUCAACCGUGCCCUGACAGAGCUCAGCCUGCGCACCAAUGAGCUGGGUGAUGCUGGGGUGCACCUGGUGCUUCAAGGCCUGCAGAGCCCUACCUGCAAGAUCCAGAAGCUGAGCCUCCAGAACUGCUGUCUGACGGAGGCUGGCUGCGGGGUCCUGCCUGGGGUGCUGCGCUCAGUGCCCACCCUGCGCGAACUGCAUCUCAGCGACAACCCUCUGGGGGAUGCAGGCCUGCGGCUGCUCUGCGAAGGACUCCUGGACCCCCAGUGCCGCCUCGAGACGCUGCAGCUGGAGUACUGCAACCUGACGGCUGCCAGCUGCGAGCCCCUGGCCAUGGUGCUCAGGGCCAAGCCUGACUUCAAGGAACUAGCGGUGAGCAACAAUGACCUGCAGGAGGCUGGCGUCCAGACGCUGUGCCAGGGCCUGAAGGACUCUGCCUGCCAGCUGGAGACGCUCAAGUUGGAGAACUGCGGCGUCACAGCGGCCAACUGCAAGGAUCUCUGUGCCCUUGUGACCUCCAAGGCCUCACUGCAGGAGCUGGACCUGGGCUGCAACAAGCUGGGUGACGGGGGCAUCGCAGAUCUGUGCCCAGCGCUGCUGCGUGCCAGCAGCAGGCUUCGGACCCUGUGGCUCUGGGAGUGUGACAUCACCGCAGAGGGCUGCAGGGACCUCUGCCGCGUCCUCAAGGCCAAGCAGAGCCUCAAGGAGCUCAGCCUGGCCGAGAACCGGCUGGGGGACGAGGGUGCCCGGCUGCUGUGCGAGAGCCUGCUGGAGCCUGGCUGCCAGUUGGAGUCGCUGUGGGUCAAGACCUGCAACCUCACGGCUGCCUGCUGCCCCUACUUCUGCUCAGUGCUGGCCCAAAACAAGUUUCUCCUGGAGCUGCAGAUCAGCAGCAACCAGCUGGGCGACGCGGGUGUGCAGGAGCUCUGCCAGGGCCUGAGCCAGCCGGGCUCCGUGCUGCGGGUGCUCUGGCUCGGCGAGUGCAACCUGAGUGACAGUGGCUGUGGCGCCCUCGCCACGGCCCUGCUGGCCAACCGCAGCCUGCGGGAGCUGGACCUGAGCAACAAUGGCGUGGGGGACCCGGGCCUCCAGCGGCUGGUGGAGAGUCUCCGGCAGCCUGGCUGUGUCCUGGAGCAGCUGGUCCUCUACGACAUCUACUGGACCGAGGAGAUGGAGGACCAGCUGAGGACCCUGGAGGAGCACAAGCCGUCCCUGAGGGUCAUCUCCUGAGGCCCCUGCUUGCAGUUUGAGAACUGCUCUCCCUGGACACGGCACCCCCAGUCCCUCCCGGGUGUCCGGGCUCCAACGGGAAAGAAACGCCCUAACCAACUUGAGCGAGAAGCUCGAGACGCUGCGUAGUUAUUAAAGCACUUUGUUGGCAGGA